AUGGGAGAGAGGGCGCCAGGGAGGAAAAGCGGAGUGGGUGACAGAGGCCGAGGUCGUGGCGGGCGCUUUGGUUCCAGAGGAGGCCCAGGAGGAGGGUUCAGGCCCUUUGUGCCACAUAUUCCAUUUGACUUCUAUUUGUGUGAAAUGGCUUUUCCCCGGGUCAAGCCAGCACCUGAUGAAACUUCCUUCAGUGAGGCCUUGUUGAAGAGGAAUCAGGACCUUGCUCCUAAUUCUGCUGAACAGGCCUCUAUCCUUUCCCUGGUGACAAAAAUAAACAAUGUGAUUGACAAUUUGAUUGUGGCUCCAGGGACAUUUGAAGUGCAAAUUGAAGAAGUCCGACAAGUCGGAUCAUAUAAAAAGGGAACGAUGACUACAGGACACAAUGUAGCUGACCUGGUGGUGAUCCUAAAGAUUUUGCCAACAUUGGAAGCUGUUGCUGCACUAGGAAACAAGGUCGUGGAGAGCCUAAGAGCACAGGAUCCUUCUGAAGUUUUGACCAUGCUGACCAAUGAAACUGGCUUUGAAAUCAGCUCUUCUGAUGCUACAGUGAAGAUUCUCAUUACAACAGUGCCACCAAACCUCCGAAAACUGGACCCAGAACUCCACUUGGAUAUCAAGGUGUUACAGAGUGCCUUAGCAGCCAUCCGACAUGCCCGCUGGUUUGAGGAAAAUGCUUCUCAGUCCACAGUUAAAGUUCUCAUCAGACUGCUGAAGGACCUGAGGAUUCGUUUUCCUGGCUUUGAGCCCCUCACUCCUUGGAUACUUGACCUACUUGGACACUAUGCCGUGAUGAACAAUCCCACCAGACAGCCUUUGGCCCUAAACGUGGCAUACAGACGAUGCCUGCAGAUUCUGGCUGCAGGACUGUUCCUGCCAGGGUCGGUGGGUAUCACAGACCCCUGUGAGAGUGGCAACUUCAGAGUACACACAGUCAUGACUCUGGAACAGCAGGAUAUGGUCUGCUACACAGCUCAGACUCUGGUCCGAAUUCUCUCACAUGGUGGCUUUAGGAAGAUCCUUGGCCAGGAGGGUGAUGCCAGCUAUCUUGCUUCUGAAAUAUCUACCUGGGAUGGAGUGAUAGUGACACCUUCAGAAAAGGCUUACGAGAAGCCACCAGAGAAGAAGGAAGGAGAGGAAGAGGAGGAGAAUACAGAAGAGCCACCUCAAGGAGAGGAAGAGGAAAGCAUGGAGACUCAGGAGUGA